AUGGCCAACUACAUCGACACGCCGGCGACCGACAAGGGCGACCUCACCAGCUUGACGAACAACCAUGUCGACUUUUCCUUCGCGCAGCCUUUCGCGUCGCCCUCGAAGAACCCGGCAGAAGACCUUCGCAACGCCAUGAAGGGCAUGCGCGGCGCGCCUCAACCUGCGAAAACACCACGCGUCCGGAACCCUCUGGUCGGACGAUCAAACCCGAAUGGCGUUCAGAAGCAGGAAUUCACCCCACUCUUGAAGAGCGCGAAGCGUAACCAGCUGCUACAACAUAGCAUACUGGAAGAGAAGGAGAACGGCGCGCAUGGAAUUCCGGACACACCGGCUGCAUUCAGGUCCAGCUAUGCGAGCCAAGGCGACGCGCGAUUGCCGGUGAACAGCUCGAUGCUGGAUGCUGAGAACACAGGCAGCUCGGGUACUGGUGGAAUCGACGCGACUCCUGUUCCACCGGUGCAGAGUUCGAGUAUGCUGGACUCCACGCCAAUGCCUCAAUUGCCGAACCGAGGCGAAGGUGGUGUGCUGGACCAAGGCAAUGUGCUCACGCUUCGCGAUCAGGAGGCCAAGCUGGAUCAGAUACAGAAGGACAAUUUUGGUCUGAAGCUGAAGAUCCACUACUUGGAGGAAGCGCUUCGCAAGACUGGAACAGCAUUCCAGCAACAGACAUUGAAAGAGAACGUCGAGCUCAAGACGCAGCGAACGACCAUUGAACAGGAUUUGAAGAACCAGCGCAAGCGGUUAGGCAAAGCAGAACUGGAGCUCGAAGAGUACCGGUCGAAGUUCGAAGAGUACAAAGAAAGCGUCAAGAAGCGGCACACAUCUGCGCGGGACGCUGAAGAGGUCGAGCUGUUACAGCGAAUGGCCGAGGAGAGCCAGAAGGUCGCUGAUGAGCGGGAGGAGGAGUUGGAUGCGCUGCGCGUCAGAUUAGAAGAGGCGGAGAAGGAGCAGCGGGAGCAACAGGAGUCCGACGAGAUCCAAGGGCUGAAGGAAGACGUGCAAGAUCUCGAGCAGGAGAUACGCGACCGCGACCGACAACUCGAUGAGAAAGACGAACAGCUGGAAAAUCUGCAGGACCAGCUCAAGUCAGCGAAGUCGGACACUGAGCAGGCAGAGCAUCUCCAGCAGGACAUCGACGAGCUGGAAGCGGAGUUGAAGGAGAAGGACGACGAGCUGGAUGCGAAGAACAGCCGGAUAGCUGAGCUAGAAGAACGCGUCAACUCGGCCUACGAUCGCGAGAAGUCCACUAAGAAGCUACGAGGUGAUGUCGUCGAACUAGAAAACCGCAUCCGGGAGAAGGACCAGGAGCUCGACGAGAGCGACGAACAACGCCGUGCGCUUGAGAAAAGACUACAGACUGCCGAAGAUGGGAACGCCGCAGAACUGCGCCAGCGGGACGAUGAGGUCCGCAAUGCUCAGCGGGAACUGGCCGACAAGGAUGGCGAGAUAAGAGCUCUUCAGGAACGACUACAGACUGCGCGCGGUAGCUGGGACGCAGAGGCUCACGAGACUGAUGCUCGUUUGCAAGAGAAGGACACCAUCAUCCAGGAUCGAGAAGGCAAGCUUCGCGAGAAGUCGCGCGUGAUCGAGGAGCGCGAUGACGAGCUUGCUGAUCUGCAGAAACGACUGCGUGCAGCGGAGGGCAACCUGGAGGAAGCCUCAGGGAAACACAGCAGGCAGUCGCAGGAGCUGAGCGAGCAGAUUCGCGAGCUUCAGGAGAAGCUGCGAGUCGCGUCGGCGAGCACGCAAGCCAAGCUCAACGAGAAGGACGGCAUGAUCCAAGCGCGUGAGAACGAGAUGCAGACACUGCAGAGCCGGCUUUCGAGCGCGCAGUCAGGUGACAGUGCUGAGCUACGCGCAAAGUCUGAGCAGAUCCGCGACCUUGAGGCUUCCAUCAGGCAGAAAGACGGCACCAUCAAGGACCAGUCGCAGCAGGUUACUUCGCUCAAGGCUCGUCUCGGGGCCAUGGAGACACCGUCGAAGAAGGAUGCGCUUCUCAAGCAACAGGAACAGCAAGUCCGCUCGCUUCAGCAGCAACUUACGGAACUUGAGCAGGACAAGGACGUCGAGCUUGAUGAGCUGGAACAGCAACUGCAGUCUGUGGAAACCAAGAAUGCCGAGCUGGAGAAGAAGAAUGAGGGCUUACGGCAGAAAGCACAGCGCGCAGAGCGAGACCAAAGCCUGAUCGGACACCGUGACGAGGAGCUCAACGGCAGGCAAGAGCGGAUCGAUGCCCUGGAAGAUGAGAUCGAACAACUUCGCGGCGAGCUUCAGCAUGCUGAGCAGAAGAACGGCACUCUGCGAAGGAGGAUCGAAAGUGCCGACCGCGACCAGAGUCUCAUUGGACAUCGGGAUGAGCAGCUCAGCAGCAAGCAAGAGCAAAUUGAUGCGCUUCAAGACGAGGCUGAGCAAUUGCGUGAGGAGCUCCAACAGGUUGCAGAGCAGCGACGUACCGAUGUCAAGAGGCUUGAGCGAGACCUCGAGAACGCGCGAGCCGCUGGCAGCAGUGAUGCGGCGGAGGUUCAGCAGCGUCUCGAUGAUCUCAAGGCGAACCUGCAGGCAGAGUACUCCGAAGUGAGAGAGGCCCUUGAGGACGAGGUGAUGGUUCUGGAGAGCAGUCUGGGAGAAGUGCAGGCGGAGCGAGCGACCCUGGAGAACCGCGUGAAUGAGCUUGAGCAUGACAUCGAGACUGUGCGGCGGACUGCGAAUGAGUUUAGCACGCCAGCUCGUGAGCGGAAUGAGCUGCGUGUCAAGCUCAAGACUGCCGACAAUGAGCGGGAGACACUCAAAGCCAACAUCCGAGAUCUGGAGGCUGAGCUGGAUGCCGCGAUGCAGUCGAAGACGAACGGUACGCCUGUCCGAGAGCGCAAUGAGUUGCGGCAGAAGCUGCGUGAAGCUGAGUCAAAGGCUGCUCGCCUGCAACAACGUGUCGAAACGCUGGAAGAGGAGCUUGCGUACGAGCAGCAGGAGAGGACCAUCGCGAGCGAGCGCAGGGACUUGCACGACCUGGUCAAGAAGGCGAAGAUUGAAGCAGAGGAGCUGCAGAUCCAACUCACCGACCGCGAGCGCAAGAUGGCGUCUUCCUCGCGCAAGGAAAGCGAGCUCAGGACGCAAUUGCAGACUGCGCAGGCUAAUCUUGAAGACGCUGAGGCCCAGGCGUCUGAGCUGGAGACGAGGCUACAGACUUCGUCGAAGAAAGAGAAGGAAAUGCGCGCCCAGCUGAAGGAGUUGAAGGACGCAAAGGUCCAACUCGAAGAACUUGAAAUGCAAGUCGGCGAGCGCAAGAACAGCUCCUCAGGCCACGCACGACGGGAAGCCGAACUCCGCUCCCAGCUCCGCGAAGCCAAGAUCGAAGUCGAGCGUCUCGAGAUCGAAGCCGUGGAGCGAGAGGAACAAAUCCAACUGGCGGCGAAGAAAGAAAAGAACCUCCGCGACCGCAUUAAGAAACAACGCGCCGACGACAUCACCCAGCAAGACCUCGCCUCGCAACUCGAAAACACCACCCUCGACCUCCAACACCAGAUCCGCGACCGCGACGCUAAUCUACAAGCCGUGGUGAAAUGCGAGCGCAAGCUGCGCAAGAAGCUGCAGGCGCUGCAACAGGCCUCUGACCAGGGCCGCGCGGCGGCGGUGGUGGAAGCGAAGCAAAGCCAGAAGUCUUCAUCCACGCUCGCGCUGCAGCAGCGCCACGAUGCCGAGUUGAAGGGACUGAGCAAACAGAUCCAGUUCCUGCGGGCGAAGUGUGCGAGGGAAGAGGCGUUUAGAGGGGACCUGGCGUAUAUGAAGACGUGGUUCUUGAUGCAGGUGAAGCUUUAUCAGGAUUGCAAUAAAGCAGACCUCCAGCUCCUGGAGGAGAUGGGCGUGACGCCGGACAUUUCGGUCAGAGAAAGGAAGCCUAGUCUCAAAGUUGUGGGUUUGGGGGUGCUGGCUAUGGUGAAGAUGAAGCGGAGGAUGGGGGUUUGGGCGGAGAGUAAGGCGUUGCAGGAGGCUUUGCUGCGGAAGUUGUGGGGGAUGAAGAGGGGGUUGGGGAAGGGGAGUGGGAGGGGGAAGGGUGGGGUUGUUGCUUGA